UAAGUGUGAACUAGGCGAAAAAACAAAAACCAGAUUUUCAAAGCUGCUUCCUCGAGAAAAAGGAAAAUAGCCGACUUCUAUUACAAGUAAAAACGAAAGGAAAUUUCCCCACAUUUUCCCGCAUUUUCUCGGCUAUUUUUUUUUCCUGGAAAGUUUCCGAUCAGGUCAGAUUUUUGAAUUUUCUACAGGUCGAAUCAGCUCCGAAGACGAAAUUCGGAGUUUUUUUUCUUUUUGUUUGCUUAGUGGUGCUUUCUGAGAAAUUUGAAAUAAUAUUGGAAAAUAGACCCAAAAGGAAAAUAGCUAUGGGACUUUUACGAAUUUAGAAGAUGAUGGCAACUAAGGAAAAGGAGGGUUUCUAUCAGAAUCUUUCAAGAAAAGAGCUUCAAAGUAUGUGCAAGAUUUAUGGUUUGCCUGCUAAUAAAUCACAUUCGGAUUUGGCAAAGUCACUAGUUGCCUUCUUAGAGAAGAAUUCAAAAUCAACAUCGUCCGGAGAAAGGGUGGGUGGAGUUAACAAGGAUUCACUUCCUGCUUCAAUAACACAACUGCAGUUUGGAGCACAGUUAAACUCCAUGGCAGAUACCAGUAAAGGUAGCUAUGGAUAUAUCCUGAGUUCCAGAGAAAGAGAAAUCCAAAGGAACACUCAGACUGUUAAAUCCAAUGAAUUUGGCUGUUGCCUAGAAUCUAAGACUUAUGAUAAGGAAGGAAGAAAUGGUUCAAUGCAUAAUUCCAGGAAGAUGUCUCACUGUCAGUGCAAUGGGAAUGGUUUGAAUUACAGAGAGGUCCUAAAAAAAGGAUCUGGUGAGAAAUUGACCUUACAAAAAGAUGGCUUAGUAGAAAAUAUGCCCCAAAUUAGAGAAAUAGAUAUUGGUUCAUGUCCUGUAGAAGCUGCUUUUGCUUCCCCCAUAGAAAGUUCCCGAAAAGUUCCUUCCUCUUCUUUUGAGUUUUAUGUCAGAUCAGAGGAGGGUAUCAAUCUUUAUGUUGAUCUGAAUUCAAGCCCAUCUGACUGGACUAAGAGAUUCCAAAAUGAAGUUCACAUAUGUGAGAACGUACAAAGUAACAAAUGUCAACGUCUUCAUGAGGACCUUGGAUGUGGGGAUGGAGAUAAAGAAUUGGAACGUUCCUUUUUAUGUGAUAUAAGUGCUGGUCAAAUCAAGGAGGGACAUGUACAUACCAGAUCUUCCUCGAGUUCAAAAAUAAAAAUAAGUGAUCACAUGGACCUUGCUACCUUUGAUCAACCAGAGGAGGGUGAUAGAAGUUUAAUUUCAUCUGCAAUUCUACCAUAUAGCAUGUCUAUCAAUGUUUCUGAGCAGUUAAAGGAAGAUCGUAGCCUCAAGUCAUUUAAUCCCAAUUCCACUGCUGAGAACCAAAUUAUUUCUGUUGCUGAAUCUUGUGCUAAAGAUGGGGUUAUGGCAGUUGUUCAUUCAGAUGUUAUCGACCCUCCUCACAUUAAGUUAGUCUGUGAUUCUAUCGUCAACUCAAUAUCAGAUGGUUCAUUAAGUCCUGCAUUGGAGUAUGAAAAUUCCAACCUUGCUGAGUGUCAGAAUUCAACUUUGCAGAAUGUCUGUAGUCUUGUGGACACUGCUGUUGUAAAUCCUGGAUGCUCAGUUAGUGGUUCUGUAGAGAUGCAGUCAUCAGAAGUUGCAAGUUGCCUUAAAGAUGCACCAUGUUCACCUUUUGAAAAUGGUGGGUUCCUGGGUUUGGUUGAUGCAAACCACAAUACAGAAACAGAAAAGGGUGAUCUAGCUAACUUAAGUGACCUGAAUCCUGAUGCUUAUGAGAACCAUUUGGCAUCAUCUGCUGAGGAAUGGGAGAGGAGCAACACUGUAAAUGGGAGGGAAAGUUCAGAAUGCUCGCAAUUUUCCAAUACAUUUGAUAAGACUUGCUUCAGCUCUGACAAUUUGGAUAUUAAAGAAGAACUUCAUAGGAAAAGGAAACAUAUGGAAGGUGAACAUCAAAGUCUCUAUGUUAGACCUGAUCCAAAGAUUUUAAGAAGUAUGACACGUAUCACCCGAAAAGACCCUCCCAGAAGAUCCACGCGGCUGAUGUCUAAGUGAGUUCAUCAAGUGCUUGUGGCAUGCACUAGAAGCAUCUGGCUAAGUGAAAUCAAAUUCCUUUGCUCCCAAGUGAGCCUGAUAGUCUACAGUUGCUGCAAUCUUGGGGAGAAUUCAUUUAAAGACCAGAUUCUUAUUUUGAUGUAUGGGCAUAUUCCCAAAUACAUAAUAAAACUGCAAAAGGUAAUUUUUUUUUUUUUUUUCUAUGAUUACAGCAGUUACAAAGCAAAUCAUAUUCUCAAAAGUGGGAAAAGGAAAAGAAAAGAAACUGAUUAUUUGUCAUUUUUUUGGUAAGAUAUUUAUCAUUUUUGUUUGUUAUAAGUAAUGUAUAUUGAUUUAUAAGAACAGGAUAGAAAGAUGUAUCUAUAUUUGCCUGGUUUUCUUAUACUUGUACAAGUAGGUAGAUUGAUAUUGUUUAUUGUGAAGCAAAAUGCACGAACGAAUAUUAGCAGAUAAAUUUUGAUUAUUCUUGUUAGCGUCUA